AUGGCGGCACCAGCGGGCGACUCCUCCGGCGGCGACAGGUACAGGUCUCACCUGGCCGGCGAGGGCGAGAAGAACACCGUGUGGCGGCACGGCGCGCCGCCGACGUACGACGCCGUGAACAGCCUCUUCGAGUCCGGUAGGACGCAGGAAUGGCCGAAGGGGUCGCUGGAGGAGACGGUGCAGAACGCGAUCAAGACGUGGGAGAUGGAGCUCUCGCACAAGGCCCGCCUCGCCGACUUCAAGUCCGUCAGCCCUGGGAAGUUCACCCUCUCCGUCAACGGCGGCCGCGCCCUCACGGGGGAGGAGACGCUGGCCGUGGGCAGCUACAACGCGCUGCUCGCGAGCCCGAUCCUCCCGGCCACCGGCGCCUACGACGCCGCCGCCGAGACCUUCGAGUCCUCCCACGACCUCUUCCGCUCCGCCUUCCCACGCGGGUUCGCGUGGGAGGUCGUCAAGGUCUACUCCGGCCCGCCGGUCAUCGCCUUCAAGUUCCGGCACUGGGGACACAUGGAGGGGCCCUACAAGGGCCACGCCCCCACCGGCGAUAAGGUCGAGUUCUACGGCGUCGCCGUCCUCAAGGUGGACGAGCAGCUGCGGGCGGAGGACGUGGAGGUGUUCUACGACCCAGGGGAGCUUCUCGCCGGGCUUAUAAAGGGCGCCAAGAACGAGGACGACGGGGAAGCGGCGGCGCUCGCUGGCAGGCUCAAGGAAGCGGCUACCGUGUCGGCAUCCACUGCUGCUGACCCGCCGCAGCAGGCCUGCCCCUUCCUUGGCUCCGCAAAGCAGGAGUGAUCGGUCGAGUGGCCCGAACCAACAAAACGUGUCCACCCUCCACUCUUCAGGGCUUUGCUGUUGCAUCGCGGUAUCGCUAUCAGAUAGAUCAUUUCCGUCAGCUUUUGAAAAGGACUGAAAGUUCAGUCCAACGUGUAAUUGUACCGUCAAGUGCUUGUUCCUUUGGUUUCGAGGUGUCUGUGUCGUCGGAAUUCAAUAGCAGUACCAGCUUUGCGGAAAAAAAGUACCUCUUGAUCGAGUGCCUUACCUGAAAUCGACGAUAUAAAGUGGGCGUGCUAAUUUCA